AUGGAAGAAGAAUAUGAAAGUGAUUUUGUAUCAGACUCAGGAUCUAGUAUUGAAGAAGUGUCAAUUGAGUUAAAUAAAGAUAAGCCGGAAGAAGAUGCUGAUGUAUAUGAAAGCGAUUUUGAAGCGAGCUCGACUGUUCAUGAUCUUCCAAAACCAAUUUCUACUUUAAGGUAAGCUAAGUUACACUGGGUAUUUAUAGUCCUUUCUUCUGAGGCGCCGUUCUCUGAGAUUAGCCACAAAUGCUGCCCACCGGUGGCAGAGGCAUGUAGAUGGUUUCCAUCUUAGCGAGAGCCCAGUUUCUCAUCAGAGGAUUACCUAAUUUAUCCGUCCCAUGAGGAUGCUGCCGAAACAUUCGCCUAUGCUGCGUAAACUCUGGGAAUCUAUGCCAGAUCGCCAUUUUCAUCAAGCCCUUUUAGACUGAAGAAAUUCGUCCUUGAGGACCUUGCUUAGCCUGUCUUCCCCCCUUUUACUUGAUCACCUCUAAAAAAAGAACUCACUGUAGACCACUCUGAGAUAAGGCCAGGGUGGCCUUCUCAGAGUGGUCUUCUCAGAGUGGUAUAAAAAAAUCAAAUUAAAGUAAAAAUAUUUUUUUAUAAAUUUAAAUCUUUAAAUCUUGGACAAUAUCAAAUUCAAUACUUUCUCCUUCUUGCCUUUUUAGGUUGCAUAAUUUGAAGCUUUUUACAAUUAUCUCUUCUUCUCUUUAAUUUUGUCGGGAGUUCUUCAUUUAUUAUUUAUUAUAAAAAUGCCCCUGGCCUUAUCUCAGAGUGGUAUAUUUUUUUUAAUGCUAACCGCCCUGAGAUAAGGCCACCUAAAAUUUUACUAAUAAAAUAUGUUAUUUUAUUAUUAAAAUAUUAAUUUUUCUUAUAAUAGUAGACCACUCUGAGAUAAGGCUACCCUGGCCUUAUCUCAGAGUGGUCUACAGUCAGCAGCUUAUGCUAUUAGAGACAGACAAAGAAAUUAGCCUAAGCAGGUAAGUCCCCCCGCCUCUAUCGGACACUCAUCCUGUGCCUGGAUGCUUUUGGUGAAAAGAUGCAAAAAACUCCCGCUCGAGAAAAGCCUAACUAGUGAAGUAGUAUUGGGUCUCUCACUUUGAGGUAACCCAACCCUUGGGCGCCAUUUGCACCAAAAAAUCCAUGUCCUUAUAUACAUAAGGGCACCCGCUACGGGGAGGACAGGCCACCAGCCAUUUUAUGAGUAUAUCAAUUUCUACCUUUAAAGCUGGCAUAGAAACUCAAAAACAAGAAAUAAAUAGGCCGAUCCAAAUUUUAAUUUCUCCAAAAGAUAACAAAGAAGCAAAAGCUACAUUUUUCUUAACUGAAACAAAUGAGGAAUAUCUUUUUGAGAGCAAGUCGAAAUUUAAUAAAGACACAGUAAAAAAAGAAGAAAACGUAGCUUCUCAUAAGAGUUUGCCACAGGUUCCAAACAGAACAUCGCCAAGAAAAGAAACUUUUGUUGAUCUUGAGAGGCAAAACGCAAAUUUAAAGCUUGAACUACAAAUUCUUAAUGGAAAACUAAAUAGUGUGCUGGACGCUCUAUCACGCAAAAAAAAUUAUUCGAAAAUUUAUGAUAGCAAUAGGACUGCCUACGAUGAAUUAAAAAAUGCACAAAAAAUGCUAGCAAGCUAUAAAAAGGAGUACAGUAGAAUGGAAGCUAAAUUAAAUAAAUUAAUGAAGACUGACUAUUUGCCAGAACUCAGGCAAAUUGUAGAGAGAAAAAAAGAAAGAUUGAAACAGCUGGAGGAACAGAAAAUAUCACUAAAUCGAAAACUGCAUAUCGAAAAUGUAAAAGUUCAUGAGCCUGAUGUGCUGAAAAAUGCUGUGGAAGACUAUGCCCAUUAUACUAAUAAAAGAAAUGAAUUAGCGGAUGAAAUAUCUGCAUUAGAAAGCGAAUCCGCAAAAAACCAAAAAUUGCUUGAAGAAACAAAUUAUACAGAGUCGGUACUAAUUCCCCCUGCAAUAAGCAAUUUCUUUUUUGUUCAUGGGUUUUUGCAAAAAUUUUUAAAUGUGAAUAGAUUAUAAAUUGCUUAUUACUGGGGGUUCUCAGAUAAAAAGUGAAAAUGCAAUUUAUGGGCUCAAUAACAAACAAUUUUCGAUCUAUUAUAUUAAAUUUACUAUUUAAAAAUUUUUGUCAAAAAUAUGAAUAAACAAGUAAUUGCUUAUUAAUGGUGCAGAGUGAGCGAAAAAUAUAAAAAACUGCAAGAAAUUAGUGAAUAUUAUGAAAUAGACUUGAAAAAAUCACAAAAAGAAAAAAAUGAGAAGCUGCAAAAGCAUUAUGAAAAAUUGCAAUUAACUUUAAAUGUAAAAACAAAAUGUUAUGACAAUGAAAUUAAAAUUUUGGCACAAAGAGAAACCGGGCUACAAAUAGAGCUGAAAACGUUAGGAGCCAGCCAAAGGGAAAUGAGUUUGGAUUUAGAAAAUUGUUUGAUUAAAUUAAAACAAUUGAAUAAUGAAGCUAAAGAGCUAUUGAAUUCAUGUAAGGGGACAGAUUUGGAAUCAAUUUUUUCUAAUGUGGAAAUAUAUGAAGAAACUAAAUUAGAAUCCUUUUUGCAGCAACAAAAUAGCCAAGAAUCCGUGAAAAAGCAUUUUAAAAAUCCGUCAAAUAUGGAACAAAGUAUUCCUCAAAUUUCCAAAACUGUUGAAAAAAAUGCAAUUCCAGAAUUUUCAUAUGCAAGCCCUGCUCCUCAAGAAAAAAAAUCAGCAAUUAAUUCAAAACCAAUUUUCGAUAUAAAAACUAAGCCUGAUUUCAAUUUUCGUAUAAGCCCAGACUCAAAAGACUUUGCUAAUAGUCCUCCAUUAGAAAUCAAAACUGAGCCUUCUUUGAAAUCAAAUUUGCAUAUUAAAGAGCCAGAUUUUUUGAAAGGUUCCGAGCCAUCUUCACUUUUUGAGACUCCAAAUACACAAGUAACCGAAAAAUCAUCAAAUAUUCCAGACUUUCUGAAGCCAGUUGAAUUGAUUCCUCCGAAAAAAAGCAGUUUUAUAGAAAAAGAAUUUAAAUUUGAUAAUUAUAACACAAAUAAAAAAGAAGAUGCUUUGCGGAACAAUAAUGAUUUACCUGAUUUUUUAAAACCAAAAGAAAAUCCUAUACUUAGCCCAGUGAAUCAGGGAAAGCUAUUAAGGCCUCAUGAUGGUGAAUUUCAGGAAGAAAAAAAUUUAAUUAAAAUUGAAGAAACUAAAAAUAAUGGCCCAUUGAUAGGGAUUGCAUCCAAAACUGGAAGAGACCGCUCACAUCUAUUUGAAAACAAAAAAAAUGAUCAAAAUGUUGAUAUUAGAAUCCCGGAAAAUAAAGAAAUCAAUUUGGAGUCUAAUAAUUCAUUUGCUAAAAGACAAAGACCUCAACCAUUUGUAGAUGAGUAUAGCAAUUCUCAUAAAAUGGAUCCGCCAAAGGCAAUAUGACUAAGCGAUUUACAAUCAAAUGUAUCUACAAGCACACUCAGCUCAAAAGCUAAGCCCAUCCCUGAUUUUUUGGCUGAUCUCUAA